AUGUCUAGUAAAGGUGGUAAGAUUGUAAUUGGAUCAGUUGCAGUUAUUGCCUCAUGGUUCUUUGGUAUUAAUUUCUGGAAACCAUUAAUAAUGUAAGUAAAUGAAUCAAAAACUUUUUAAAUUAGUACUCACCACUUUAUAGAGAACAGUUGGAAAAAGAUGGGAAUUUAAGAUCAGAUAUGAAAGUACCAGAUUAUUCAGAUCAACCAAAAUCUUGGGACGAUAUCAGGCAAAAAUUCGAAAGUGUGAUUGAUCCACUGAAUUUAACUCGUGAAGAUAAAAAAAGUCUAGAGGAAUUAAAGUUAAACUUAGAAAAGAACAAGCCCUCAUCAACUGACAAAUGA